AUUUAAUAAUUUUAUGUUUUGGUAUCAAAAAUCUUAAUUAUUAAAGUAAAUCAAAAUAUAUUUUAUCUUUGAUGAAGAAUAUAAUUAAAUAUUAAUAUUUUUUAUCCAUCCAAAUUUCUACGUCAAGAUUGUUUGGAAAUUAAUAACUUAUAAUUAAACUUUACUAUUCAUAAAGAGGAGCUAAUAUAUUAUUAUAUAAGUUAAUUUGCCAAUUAAUGUCUGAAAGUCCUUAAAAGAAAAGGAGAGCCAUUUCAGCAUAUGGCAAUUUUAAAAUGAAUUCGAUUUAAGAAUAAAAUAGAUUAAUUUAAAACGAUUCUCCACCUAAAAUAAGAAAUAUUUAGGUGAUGCAUUUAUCGCAAAUUUAGUAAUUGAAGAAUCCAAAAUAAGAAUAAACAUAUUAAGAUCUUGUAAAUAAAAGAGGAUUUAGAUUAAGACAUUUUUAAUAUUAAAAAUUAGAUUCAUCACUAUAUAUACAUCCCAAAGAAGUGGUUUUAAAUAAUACAUUCUGCUAGGAAACUCUUGGAUAGCCUGAUUUAUUGAGUUAGAGUGCACUUAAUUUUACUAAAAAAUAGUAAUAUGUUUAAAAGAAUAAAGAAAUUAAACUGUUUAGCAAAUCUCCUAAAAACAGCAAAAAAAAUGCUAAAAAAAAUUUAAAUAGAUUCACAUCUUAAAUAGCUAAGAAAGCAGAUAAGUUUUCUAAUCUAACAGUAAAAAUUGGCUUAAAAAAUUUACUUUUAGGGUCUAAUGAUACUCAAGAUAUGAACUUUGACUUAAGUGAAAAAAGUUCUCCAGCUGAGCUUUAAGAAGAUUAUGAUUUGGAAUAUGAAGAUAUAUAUUUAUAGGAGGAGUAUAGCCAUUAGCCUGAUGAAGUAUUAAGAUUUGUUUUAAAAGGUAAAGAUCGCUACUCAAAAUAGGAACCUGAGCUUCUUAAAAAAUGGAUUUCAUGUCUACCUAUAGAAGAAAGAAUGGAGAUUGAAAAAGACAAAACAUAUUUUCCUGUACCUCAUAGACUAAUGAUGCAUUAAAUAGAUUAGGGUCUCAAUGAGAUGUAUGGAACAGGCAAAAAUAGAAUAUUAAGACCAGGCGAAGAAGCUACAAUAAUAGAAACCAUAUCAAGGUUUUUAUCAGAAUGCUAAAACAUAGACAUUUUUCAUAGAAUAGCUACAUCAAAUGUUAAUUCUAUAUUGCAGUAUUUACUUAAGAGAUGUGAUUUAUUUAACUUAACAGAAUUCCCAUUAGCUAUGAAGCAGAUUGAGUGCCAUUGGAAAAUUAUGGCAACAAGAUUUAGGUGCAGCGACAAAAUGCCAAGUGAUCAUAAGUUAUUUGAAAAAUACCUUUAUAUGGCUCAUCUAAGAGGGCAUUUCUUUUAGCUAUAAAAGAAAGACAAUCCACUUGUUUCUUAUCUGCUAAAAUAUUCCUGUAUGAAAGCUGAUUAUCUGAGAAUGAAAGAAGAAAUUGAAAAGAAGAAUUAGAACAGGAGAAAAUCUGUUUAUAACAUAAGCAAAAAAACCAACUAAUAAAUAUCCCUCCCAAAUAGUAAAAAAUAAGAAAUGAGUUCCAGUAAAUUUAGUAGUCCUUUUUAUAGUUUAAAUGAUACACUGAUAUAUGAAGCGGACUGAAAAAAAUCUUAAAUUAAUUAUUAAUAAAUUGAUAUAUUAUGUAUGAAGAAAUAAAUAUAAAUAAAUAUGAGUUUUUAUGUAGAAAAAUCACUUAUUAGGUAUAAAUGAGAAUUUAAUUAGCUAUUUUGCAUCAGUAAGAAUAUACAGAACUGAGUAAUUUUCAUUAAAAAAUAUCUUCUAAAUGUUAGCCUUGAUAAAAGUAUUGUAAGCAAUCAAAGGCUUGCUAUAAUUGUAAUCGAUUUCGGAGUUCCUUCUAUCUUUUAAGUCAAAGCAAAAAAUUGACUAUUGUUUUCCUAAAUUUUAUUUUAAUUAAAAACUUAACAUUUUUACUUUAAGAGGAAGUAAAUACCUAUCCAUACAAGACCAUUUUUUUAGUCUACAUGCAUGACUUUGUUAUAGUUUUCUACUUUCGAGCCUAAAUCAAAAUUAUGUUGUCUUUGUCGAACUUCCUCAUGCGAUACUAAGCUUUGUAAACAUAUGGUUCAAUAAAUGUUCCGAGAGUAAUAUAUCCUUAGCUAUUAAGAUAAAGUAAAUACUUUCCAUAAAAACUACACUAAGUGACCUGAACUGUAUGCAUAAUAUCUUCUUAAGCUUAUACCUAGUAAUUGUAUUGAGAUUUUUCAAUCUUUACAAAGUUAUUCACAGGAGUUUUUAGAAGCAAAAUUUUCUUUAUUUAUUCUGAUAGCUGCCAAACUUAAAUUGUUCCAUCUCCACAAGCGGAAAAUAUAUUUUCGCAAGCUAAGUCAAUGUCAAUGCACGUAAAUUGUGACAUAGGAGAAGUAGAUAAAAAAUCUUUAAGCUAAAUAAGUUUUUCUUAUUUAGCCAAAUGAGAAAGAAAAAUUGAACCAUCUUUACUUGCACUAACAACUAUAUUUUUGUAAUCUUAGCAUGACUAAUUUCUAUUUAAGCAUUUGAUAUCAAAAAUUGUAUCUCCAUGCACCUAAAAGCAAAUUUAAUUGGUAGAACUUUAAAUGUCAACAAAGUGUAUGAAACCUGUCAUCCCUCCUGCAAUAACUCCAGUGUAAAUAUUUUUUUCUAAAUGCAAAUCGAAGAAAUCGCAAGAAUAUAAAUCCUCUUCUGUUUUAGGAAAUACGCUUUCUCUGUAGCCUUUAACGAAAUUAACUAUUUUUUACUUGCUCUUUGGAUAACUUUAGUACUAAUAGGGAUUAUCGCUUAUGUUAAAUUAAAUAGUAUGCUAAGACAUUAAAUUUAUGUUUGAAGAAGCUGAAUCACUUGAAUAGAAGACAUAAAUUUAAUUUUUACUCACUACUCCUAUAAGGCUAAUUCCAUCUAUAUACAGAAAGCAAGCAUCUUUUAUUUAAUUCUCAGUGACUAUCUUAAUUUCUGUUUAUAAGCUCUCUUAUUAAAGAGUCUCUAAGUGUUUCCUAAUAUCUUAGAAUUAGGUAUUUUUCUCAAGAGUAUAUUAUUUAAAAUCAUUUUAAAGAGUUUCGAAUCCUUCUUUUACACCACUUGAGUGGAAAUAUUUUUCAAUUUCAUAUUCUAUUUUUUCUAUAAAGCUCAUCUCAAUAUCUAUAAAUAAGCUAAUUAAUUGAUAAGUAUUUAAAAUUUAUAAUUAUUUAUUAUGCAAAUUAAAAAUUAAUAAAUUAAAUUUUUAGCUAAUUAGCUAGAAUAUCAUCAUUUCAG